CACAGAUACAAUUUCACACAUGGCGUCGCGAAGCGCCUUCAAGUUUACCGACACCGCGGGCGGCGCAAGUGCCGAGUACCCUGCGCCAAGCACGUUUGACUCGUUGCAUCACGGCAGUUCCAGCUCCGAUCUGUCUUCGUUCGUUGACGACAUCGACCCCAGCAUUGCUGGUGGAUAUCGCGUCGUGUAUGACCGCGAAACUCCAUUUGAACUGCGCAUCCAGGACUCGGACAAUGCACCGCAGCAAGUGGGCACUUUGGAAGCGAUCAAAGUGAAGAUCCUGCUACUUGGCGACGAGAACGAUCUGAAGGCGCUCAAGAUUGAAUUGUCGACUGAAACCGACCUCUUCUUCUACUACGCGCACGUGUGUGACCUGGAAGGGUUCCAUCUCGUCCAAGAGCAGCAAAAGCUCAUGGUCGACUUCUCCGACUACGCGAACGUCCUUAUCCGGAUGCUCAACAACUGCAUCAAGGAGCCGCACAACCACAUUGCCGUGUACCUCAUGCAAGCGGACGGCCGCGCACGCCUCGACUUUAUCCAGAACAUGGAAUACAAGUUUGUCGAGCUCUUGUCCGUCGACUUUGCGCGGUCGCCCGAGGAAAUUGUGCGCCAGCACAUCACGUUCCGGUACAACACGGUCAAGAAUCGCGUCGUGGCGUUGCAGUCGCGCUUGCACGAGGUGAACAACCUCGUCAAGGUCAAGAACCCGUCGUUGUUGUUGCAGCUACAAAAAGCGCCGCCGCCGCCUGCCGUCAACCCACGAGAUGCGACGGGCGCCACAGCGUCAUCGAGGAACCACAGCCGUUUCCAUUAACAAUGUAAAUGAAAUCAACAUGCUGGUUGCUGCCCAUGUCAAAG